AAAGCGUGUUUGUGAUGACCAGCUUAUUCUCUUGACAGAACUCUAUUAGCCUUUGCCCUGCUUUGUUUUGAUCUCCAAGGCCAAACUUGCCAGUUGUUCCUUUUAUCUCUUGAUUCCCUACUUUAGCAUUCCAAUCCCCUAUAAUGAGAAGAACAUCCUUCUUUGGUGUCACUUCUAUAAAGUGUUGUAAGUCUUCAUUGAAUUGGUCAAUUUCAGUUUCUUCAGCACCAGUAGGUGCAUAAAUUUGGAUUACUGUGAUGUUAAAAGGUCUGCCUUGGAUUCAUAUCGAGAUCAUUCUAUCAUUUUUGAGAUUGCAUCCCAGUACACCUUUCACCACUCUUUUGUUGACUAUGAGGGCCACUCCAUUUCUUUUACGGGUUUUUAUAGAUCAAUAAGUACAUAUCCAUAAAUUAUCCACUGAUCCAGAGCCAAAUGAAGUUUGGUUUGAUUCUGCUCUCAUCUGAGAGCCAGAAACAGCAAUUGUUCUUUGAGAGGAGUGGUGUCCUUAGAUGAAUGAUGCUCUUUGUUGCUGUUGUGACCCCUAUCUCGCCAAGUUAUAUAAACAGGUGGCUUUAAAAGGUGUAAGAUUUACGGUAGCUGGUGCCCGUCACUUCACUAGGUAUCUAGAUUAACCCGGUCACACUGGGGGGAUGCCUACAAUGGGUGGAGAGUGUGGUAGGGCUUGUUAUGACUCAAACUGGCCAUAACUUCAGUUACUCUUCAGUUCCGCUAACAGACAUCUUUGUUUUCCUGGCACCUUCAGUUCAGGCCAACUGCCCAUGACUCUGCACUGCCUUUUGCAUCAUAACAUUCUCUGGCCAGUUAGAAUCUUGCUGGUUACUGUGGUGACAGCAGUAAACAGGUUCAUAUGAUCCCAGAUCUAUAGGUCCACCCUAAGGGAUGCUGACUAGAAUUGACACUGAGCAUGGGUGAGGAACACUGGGGAAAAAUUCACCCUCAUGUUUACCCGGGGGAGGGGGGGACAUAGCAGAGCAUCAUGAAAGACAGAAUGUGUUAUGGCAACAUCAGCAGGGUGGCGCUAUUUCUCCAUGGAAGAGAGAGGGAGGGAGAUAGGAUGGGGAAAAGAUUCCUCCCCAAUGGGAUCAUAAGCAACCAGAUACUAGGGGAUAAUAGAAUAGCAGGAAGACCUCAAGGCAGCAAAAGAAGGCCAUUCAUUUUACACAACCCUUUUCAAAGAUCCAGUAGUUUAGAACCUCCAGCAACAGAAGUUGGGGAAAAGUCAAACAAGGUGGGCAUUGCUGAGAACAGCAUACAUUCAUGAGGGGUUAAGGCCCAAAGGAAGGAGGGAUGGAGAGCAGCACUGAAGAGUAGAAAGGGAACUGAAGAAAAGGGUCUCUAAAAUACCUAACAAUUAGAAGUGGUAAAGAGGCUGACCUAGCAAUAAGAAAACCACUUUGCUAAGGAAGGGCUCAUUCUUGCGAAGGCUGAUCAAAAACUGCAGGGAUCUUUACACUCCUGCUCACUUUGUUUGCAUUGCAGAUCAGGCUCCGAACAGCAGGCGGACCGAAGGGGGCAACAGCCAGCCUCAGAGCACCACAGUGACUAGCAGCUCCACGGUGGGAGAAUGUCAACACAGCAUCUCCCACUCAUCAGCACCAUGUGAGAACUGCGGUUGGCUGCAGGCUCAAGGAUCAGCUCUGCCCUUCCAACCAAACCAAGGCAGCACCACCACCCAGGGAUACCUUCAUGGUGAAAUACCUCUCUUACAGGGUGUACCGAAUGAUCAGCAGCAGCUGUUCACCCCAGUAGCUCUCCGUCCUUCUUUCCAUGGGUGGGGCACAACUGGACAUCUCUCAGUGCCUUUGUAUGCACCACUGCAAACACAGCACAGGGACUUUGCAACAGCCAGACCUAUGAAUCAAUUAUAUAGACAACCUCACCUCCAGCUGGUUCAGGUGCAGCCUCCUGGUCUUGGACCCAUUCGCCCAACCACCUUCCAGGAUGGGGUGGGCCUCUACCACCAUGGAACAUUAGCUCCCAUCCCACUGGAGCAGAGGAACCCGAUCGUCCGGAUUGGUAGCGCUGUCCCUAUGCCACCAGCUGCGAACAAUGAAAUGCUCCUGGUCCUCCAGCAGGUGGAACCUCAGUCCACCCUGGAACCUGCCCCAGUCACUGGGUACUUUCCAGCCUCACAAGGUUUGUGCUCAUCUUUGUAAAGGAAUCAUUUGCUUUCUAAUGGGUGUCUGGGACCCUCUAACCCAUCAGGCAAUUAACCUAGCCUCAGUAGGUAACAUUUCCUAGUACCAUUUCCACAUGGCCCUGCAAUGUGGGUGGUAAAGGGACCCCUGACCAUUAGGUCCAGUCGCGGAUUGCUGGGGUUGCUGCACUCAUCUUGCUUUAUUGGCCAAGGGAGCUGGCAUACAGCUUCCGGGUCAUGUGGCCAGCAUGACUAAGCUACUUCUGGCAAACCAGAGCAGCGCACGGAAAUGCCGUUUACCUUCCCACCAGAGUGGUACCUAUUUAUCUACUUGCACUUUGACGUGCUUUCGAACUGCUAGGUAGGGAGGAGCUGGGACUGAGCAACGGGAGCUCACCCCAUCGCGGGGAUUCGAACCACCAACCUUCUGAUCGGCAAGCCCUAGGUUCUGUGGUUUAACCCACGGCACCACCUGCAUCCGCAAUGUGGGUGAGUGUUGGGUAUAUUCUUAUGGAACAGAGUAAGUUCCUAUAUCCAAAAGCUGUUAUCCUAAUCUACGGUGCAACCACAUUUGGAAUACUGUACAGUGCACAAUUCUGGCAAGAUUAUGAUAGCAAGGGACAACCUCUCAUCGCAGCAGAGAGACAAGUUUGUUUAGAAAAACAAUCCAAUUUCAUAGCUGAAGUUAUUCAUGGCUACUGGCCACAACAGCCAUAUUCUACCUUCCCUAUUCUCAGCUGCUGAGAAUCACAAGUGGGGAAAACACUGUCGUACGCAGGUCCUCCUUGUAGCAUCUGAGAACAGGAUGUUGGACGCGAUGGGCCUUUAGCCAGGGCUCUUCUCAUAGGCUUAUGUUCUUAAUCCAAAACAGCAUGUCAUGUGAGCAUACCACACACCAUAUACUACCACCCAUAAUCCUCUGGGACAAUGUUGGAUUCAGGGUACCUUAUACUAUUCAGUUUCCCCACUGUCACCUCAUCACUGAACACUGAAAUUUGAGGUAUAUAAAAAUGGACCCCAGUUUAUAUCACUGAUAACACACUGAGCCCAGUAGUGCAACUAGGCCACUUUAGCCCCUGAACCCACCUUCAGGCAGCCAGCCUGCCCACCUUUAGACAGUUUUGUGCAUUAUCGAGUUGGAAAGUCUAUGGCUGCUGAGCCUCCCUAGGACAGAGAACAAGGCCUUCACUUACCUUCCUCUGGACAGAAGAAAGAGUAACUGAAUUAAUUAAUUAAUGGUCUUCCUUGGCUGUAGAAUCACUGAUCCCUCCUGAUUAAUUUCUUUCAGUGGUACAAGUCCCACAUGGACUUCAGGGGACAGGAGCAGUCAGUGCCCAAGUGACAGAUGUCCUGGGUGCAUCUAUAGCACAAGAAAAACUGGAAGGAACCCAGCUCAACAAUGCUGCUCUGAAUGGUAAGUGUGGGAACAUACAGUGACUGAGACCAUGUGCUUUCCAAGUGUGCCUUCCGGGCUAGAUGUCAUGGCCUAAUCUAGCACUUCUGAUAGGUCAGCUAAGAAUCUACACAUGAUAAACAUGGAGCCAGAUCCAUCUGCCACUUUUUAACUUUAUUUAAUAUGGAGAUGCUCUAACAGCUAAUCAUGGGAGUCUUGGACUUCCUCGAGUUUGUCUCAGCCAACCGGAGUAGAUUCUUUGUCUUCAAACAGUCACUGCUAUGCUUUUCAUUUGUUUUCUUUCAGUGGUGGAACAUCCGCCGCCACCUCCCCAACCAGCCGAUGAAGAAAGUCUCCUCCGAGACGAGUUCCAGCUGCCAGAGGACCUCCUCUCCAAGUAUCCCGAGAUAGAGACCCUGAUUGCUUCACUGGAGCCGCUUAUUCCAGAAGGCCUCUUUCCACCUCUUGCUUCCAGUGAGACAACCAAAGGCAGUGAAGGAAUGCUGGCGGAGGCCUGCCUUCCAGAGGAAGCCCUGGGGAGCCACCAGUCAUUAGCACCAGUGCCCACAAGGUCUUUCAGAGGAGAGGCAAAGUCAAUCCCGGAUGCCCCUGAGCCAUGCAAAGAGGUGCCAAAAGCCCAGCACCCACAUUCCUUUGUGAAUGAUCCAAACAUCAAGGGCACAGAGGUGAGCAUACUCAGAAAGGGCUCAGCAACACAGGGACAGGCAUCACUUCCUCCAACAGAUGAGCAGGAUACAAAACUGAAUAAGCCCUCAUGUAAUCCACUGAUCCAGCGCCCAGUUUACAUCUUAAAAGAUAUCGGGUUUCCAUUUCCACCAGAUCCUCUGAGACCCAAAUCCUUGAAGAAAACCCAGAAGUCAAAAUGUGACUCCACCCAAAGCAAAGGCAAACGCGAGGGGAACGGGAAAAUUGAAGGCAAACCCAUCAGCAUGACAGGGAGAAGAAAGUGGGGUGUUGCUGAGUCCCAGACGUUAAUCAAGCUCCCCAGAAUCACUCUGGAACCUAUCCCAGAGGGCUCUAGAAAAUGCCAGCCCACCCAUGAAAAGUCCAUGAAGCCAAAGGCAUUACCGGAGAUUAAGGGGAAAAGGAAAGGCAUUUCGACAAAGGCAGACGCUUCACCCAAGUUUCCCAAGUGUAUUCUGAGCAUAGAGGGAACAAGCAUAACGGGCUCUAAGGAAAGUCAUCCUAGUCAGGAGAAAAAAUGUAAGGAGAAGAGAAAGCUUCCAUUUCAAGAGGAGGGAAGUUUAAAAUAUGAAGAGGACAAUCUGGAAAGAGGAAAUUCCAAACACUGCCAGACAGGGUUGGAGAAAAAUGAGAUGGGACCUGAAACCAAAGAGAAGGCCACAGUGAAAGGGAGCACACCAGGCAUUAAAGGGAAAAAGAUCAAAUUGGAAGAGCGCCCCUUGGUGCCAAUCCCAAGGACCAAUCUGGCUUGGCACAUGAUGGAGUCUGUGCAAGUCUUCCAUCCCCUUGGGAAGAAGAAGAGUACAUCCAUGGCGGCCAGAAAUCUCCCUCCACUAACUGCCACCAGCAGUAGCUCUGGGAACUCACAGGCUCCACAGGAGGUACCUCUCCUGAAGUCCCUGCAUAAGCCAGUGCCCACUACCCAGCCCCCCUCCCUGCCAAGGCCGGCACCCCACUUGGCACGGAGGCUGGCACCCUUCUCCGUGCCUAGGCAGCAAUCUUCUUCUUCUUCUUCCCAGAGAUUGCCCACCCAUUGUGAACAUCCAUUGCCAAAACCAUGGCCAAAGCCACCAGCUACAUAUGAAGGAUGGCCACCCACCUCACAGCUUUCCCACACCAGCUGGUUAAGACCACAUCCCACCAAUGCUGGGAGGCUGCCCACCCGACCUCACCCACCAGCUGUGCCACGUCAAAGCUCCAGGUUCCUAAGCAACAUCCGACCAUCUGUAACUAGAGCUCAGCCCUUGCAACCACCAGCCUCUCCGCCGUACCGAGGGGAUACUUUUAUUCCCUGGAGGACACCUCCAGACGACCUCGAGGAAUCCUUGCCGAUAACCGAAGAACAACGGCCAAUCCGAGAGGCAAUGAAAAGGCAAGCUCAGAGAGAGCGGGAGGAGGCAUCACACUGGACUUCCGUAGGGAGGGUGAAAUAUUUUGUGGAGCGUGAGAAGGAAAUGAACAUUUCAAAUCGCUAUGGGUAUCCAUGGCGUCACUGAGGGGUCUAGAGGUUCCCUCCAUUGAAUAAGGCAAGUCAGAGACUAAUGAUGAAAGUAGUGCUUACUUUUUGCCCCAACAUAAGUUUUUUAGGAAUAAGAGUAAGGUUUUUCUUGAGCAACCUCAUUGCUUCCACAGUGUGAGUUUACUAUAGUUUGUAUUACUCUAAUUUAAUUAGAUUAGAUUAAGUUACUCUAUUUAAACAUAAAAAUGUUUACAGUGC